AUGUUGCACAUCAAGAGAAUUCAGAGAGAAAUUCAAAGGCUCAUUAACGAGCAAGAAAAAAACCAAAAAGAUUUACAAAAUGGAAACACAGCUCUCCGACAACAAUCGGGAAUGGGAAUUGACAUCUUCCUUCAACAACCUAUUGAUAAUCUUGAAACCAUCUAUUGUACACUUUUUGGUGCAAAAGGAACAAUCUAUGAAGGUGAAGAAUUUCUACUCCGAUUUACUUUUUCAAAUGAUUAUCCCUUGUCAAGUCCCGAGGUUGUUUUUAUUCCACCAAAAACGCCCAUUCAUGAACAUGUUUAUUCCAAUGGUCAUAUUUGUCUAAAUGUGUUAUAUGAUGGUUGGAGUCCUGUGAUGAAUAUUCAAACGAUCUGUUUAUCGAUACAAUCCAUGUUGAGUUCAGCAACUGAGAAGAAGAGACCCAAAGACAAUGAUACCUAUGUCAUGACAUGCACAAAAAGUCCAAAACAAACACGAUGGUUUUUCCAUGAUGAUAAAGUUUAA